AGAAGAAGAAGAAGAAAUUGAGCGCUUCCUCACAGAACUGCUACUUCCACGAAACUGUAUCAGAUAUUUUAUACAGUCUGUGAUCAGACAGCAACAAUAGACUGUAUGGUUGCUCCCCUUGUCGUAGUUUAUUAGCUUCUGGUGCCAAAAAGCAAGUCCCAACUAUAAAUUUAACCACGCAAAAUUGAAAUUCUAAAAUGUCUGCAAACUGAACUAAGUCCUCUCCAGAGACGAUUUUUUUCUGAGCAGCACAGAAGAAUGGAUAUAUGAUUUAUUUUUAUUUAUUCUUUAUUCAUCCCUUCACGUUUAGGUACCCAGUGCGCAUGUUCUGGAGGGUCAAACACGGCAGCAUCCAUGAUUUAGCUUCAUGUACCACCGAUAAGUUCCCAUAGAAGGAAUCCAUACUGCCAACUGCACUGCCCACAGAACUGCACUAUCAGUUUCAGUUUGACUAAUCCGCACUAUGAUUGGUCCUCUGUGAGAGUUGGUUCGGAAUCAGCAAGGUAGCAACCGUUGAGAGGACUAAAGUGAAACAAACGAAGAGGUUUGAUGGUGAUGAACAAGAUAUAAAGAAGCCAAUUAGAGUACCCAGGGAGAUCACCUUGUGGCUUAUCCUGUGAAAUGGACGGAGACAAUGCUAACGAAGUGCAGGUGGAACUUGACUCUGUGGAGGCAGAGCUGGAGGUGGUGGAGCUGCAGAUUGCGGAGCUGCUGGAGAGGCAGACCAAUCUGAACUCCAGGAGGAAACGCUUACUGAGGAGGGUGGAGCAAGCCUGCGAUUCAGCCCGUCCCUCAAGUUCUAACCAGCCCUCCAAAUCGGGCAGCACCAAGCAGGACCUGCAGCGCUAUGAGGGCACAGAUUUCCCAUGGUCCAAGGAUGUGAAGGGGCAGCUGUCGGCUGCGUUUCAGCUUCGCAAGUUCCGGCCACUGCAGCAGCUGUCCAUCAACCUCACCAUGUCUGGGCGAGACGUCUUUCUGGUGAUGCCCACUGGCCGUGGAAAGAGCCUGUGCUAUCAGCUGCCUGCUGUCUGCUCUAAGGGUUUUACGUUGGUCAUUGCUCCUCUGGUUUCCCUGAUGGAGGAUCAGCUAAUGUACCUGAAGACUGUUGGUGUCUCUGCAGCCUCUCUCAAUGCCUCCAGCACCAAGGAGCAUGCCAAAUGGGUCAUGGCUGGUAUGACGGAGUCGAAGCCGUAUUAUAAACUCCUGUAUGUGACUCCAGAGAAAAUAGCCAAGAGCAAAAUGCUGAUGUCCCGGCUGGAAAAAGCGAACAAUGCAGGGACAUUGGAUCGCAUUGCUGUAGAUGAGGUUCACUGCUGCAGCCAGUGGGGCCAUGACUUCAGACCGGACUACAAGCUGCUGGGGAUCCUGAAGAGGCAGUUUCCCAAGGUCCCCCUCAUUGGGCUUACUGCCACUGCCACCAGCAGUGUCCUGAAGGACUGCCAAAAGAUCCUGUGUGUCCCUGAUGCCCUCACUCUCACUUCCUCCUUCAACCGACCCAACCUCUACUACCAGGUUCGGAUCAAAGACAACAAUUCUGAAUGUGCAAUGGAGGACAUUGCAAAAUUGAUCUUGGAGAAAUACAAGGAUCAGUCCGGAAUUAUUUAUGUGUUUUCACAAAAGGAUGCGGAGGCUGUGUCGGCUGCCCUGCAAAAGAAGGGCAUCGUGGCCCAACCAUAUCACGCCAACAUGGAAUUCGCUGACAAGACCCGAGUGCACCACCAGUGGACCGCCAACAAGAUUCAGGUGGUGGUGGCGACUGUAGCGUUUGGGAUGGGAAUCAACAAGAAUGACGUCCGAUUUGUUAUUCAUCACUCUCUCAGCAAGUCUAUGGAGAACUACUACCAGGAGAGUGGCCGCGCAGGGAGGGAUGACAAACCUGCGGACUGCAUCCUGUACUUCGGUUUUGCGGACAUCUUUAGAGUCAGUACCAUGGUUGUCAUGGAGAACGUUGGCCAGCUGAAGCUCAUGCAGAUGGUGGCCUACUGCCAGAAUUUGGACAGGUGCCGACGUACAGUCAUGGCGAGGCAUUUUGAUGAGGUCUGGGAUGAUGAGGGUUGCAACCAGAUGUGUGACAUCUGUCGACAUGGCAAUGACUACAUCACUGUGGAUAUCACCAAGCACGCUCGUGAAGCAGUGCAGAUUGUUGAGGCGGCUGCGUCCAAGAACGAGAAGGUGACCCCAUUGAAGCUGACUGACACCUGGAUGGGGAAAAACAGUUCCGCCAGACAACGCAAGAACGUACAGGCCACGUCCCUGUCCCGUCUGGAGGUGGAAGCCAUCCUCACUCACCUCCUACUGCAGGGGUACUUCAGUGAGGACUUUAGCUUCACCCCCUACAACACCUUCUUCUAUAUGAAGCUGGGUCAAAAGGCUGCGCUUCUAAAGGAUGACAAACACACCAUCACCCUGAAGAUGAAAAGAAACUCUCCCAGCAGCGAUUCUGUAAAGAUGUCCAGCAGUGGGAAUAGUGCACAGACCAAAGGAGGGAAAAGGUCUGGUGACAAGGCGGGAGGCACUCACCCCGUUGCCAAGAAAAAGAAGGAGGUUCACUAAUUUCAUCCACAAGAAGAACUGAAAAGACAACAGUUUGGCUGAAGUCACACAGGUGGGGGUGCCCACCUUCACCAGAGAGAGCAAAUUUACCAAGAUAUCCAAGAAUCAGCAGAAUCAAUCCAGAAAACACGACAACAUCCAGAGCAAAGCUGAGGGCCAGGCUGA